GUGGCCAUGGACACCUCCUACCCGCGGGAGGACUACCUGCCCGUGCCAUCCCACAAGCGCGACCCAUCUCCCACCGGCCUCGUCCCCACGCCGCCCCGCGACCACCUCGUCUGGUCCAUCUUCAACACCAUCUACAUGAACUUCUGCUGUCUCGGCUUCGUGGCGCUCGCCUUCUCCGUCAAGGCACGGGACCGGAAAGCGUCUGGGGACGUGGAAGCCGCUCGGCGCUUCAGCUCCAAGGCCAGGUGCUACAACGUGCUGGCCACGGCGGGGAGCGUGGUGCUGCCGCUGCUGCUGGCCGCCCUGGUCAUCACGGGCGUCAUCCACCUCUCCAAGCUGGCCCAGGAGUCCGUCGGCUUCUUCACCUACCAGUUCAGCCCGAGCGACGAGGAGGACAACUGA